UAUCUAUAAAAUUGCAUGCGAUUUCGCUUGAAAUAAAAAAUGUGUAGGUUUUGAAGGCAGGGUUUUGGGUUGUUUGUCACGCUGACCUGGCAACCCUGUGACAACAAAGAUGGCGAUCCCCAUAAUGACAACAUGCCAUGUAGCGUGUUGUGCAAACCGGACUCCACACGUUCUCUCCUGGAGCCGCAGAGAUUUAAUCGCCUUUGGGACGUGUAAUUCAGUUGCUCUGUAUGAUCCACAGGAGGUGAAAGUUGUUGAGCUCCUGAAUAAGCACAGUGGCAGGGUUAACACUGUGCAGUGGAUUCACAGGGAGGACUGUGGUCCAGAAACACAGCUGCUUUCAGGAGGAUCUGAUAAUAAUGUUAUUGUGUGGGAGGAGCAACACGGUCAGUUUGCUGCCUCUGCAGUGUGUUCAGGCCACUCGGGUCCUGUGUGUGCUGUGGACGCUGUACCGCUGUCUUCCUCCGACUCGCUGCUCGUCUCUGCGUCAUCAGACUCCACCGUGAAACUGUGGAUGUACAGCAGUCGAAAAGCCGAAUGCCUCCAGACGUUAUCUUUUGGGAGCGGCUUCAUGAUGGAUGUCUCCUUAGCGCUGUUGCCAGGCAGCAGAGUGCCCAUCCUAGCAUGUGGGGGAGAUGACAGCAAAGUCCAUUUGUUUGUGCAGAUCAAUGGACAGUUUCAGAACGUACUCGCAUUACAAGGCCACGAGGACUGGGUCCGUGGUGUGGAAUGGGCAGCAAAAGAUGGGGAAUUACUUUUGGCCAGUUGCGCUCAGGACUGUCUGAUCCGAGUGUGGAGGCUGGUGGUUAAAUGCGACGCACACGUACAGGAGCCUGCCGAAGGAAUCAUCAGGAUGACUGAGGAUGUGUUUGAGGUGAAGGGGAAAAUGUAUGCAGUGAGCCUUGAGACGGUAUUAGCUGGCCAUGAGAACUGGGUGUAUGGGAUCCAUUGGCAGCCUUCAUUUAGCAAAGGCGGCACAGUGGAACAGCCUCUGAGUCUGCUUUCUGCCUCUAUGGAUAAGACCAUGAUCCUAUGGGGGCCAGAGGAGGCGUCAGGUGUGUGGGUGGAGCAGGUGCGUGUUGGAGAGGUUGGAGGAAACACACUAGGCUUCUUUGGCUGUCAGUUCGGUCCUGAUGGCUCCAAGAUUCUGGCUCAUGCCUUCCAUGGUGCGCUGCACCUCUGGCAAAGAGACCCGAGCCAGCAGAGAGAAUGGAGUCCCGCAGUGGUGGUGUCUGGCCACUUUAAUGCAGUGCAGGACUUGAGUUGGGAUCCAGAGGGAGACUUUCUCCUCAGCGUGGGCUCAGACCAGACUACCAGAGUCUUCGCACCAUGGAGAAGAAAAGACUGCUCACAGGUCACCUGGCACGAGAUCUCCAGGCCUCAGAUCCACGGCUAUGACAUGCAGUGCCUGGCCACGGUGGGCCGAUACCAGUUCGUGUCUGGAGCAGACGAAAAAGUGCUGCGUGUGUUCAAGGCUCCGCGUAACUUUGUGGAGAACUUUGCCAACAUAGCGGGCACUUCUUUGGAGAAACUUUUGGCUUCACAAGAUUGUAAAGGUCUUCCAGAAGGAGCCAGCACACCCGCACUCGGGCUCUCUAAUAAGGCUGUGUUUCAAGGUGAUCUUACGAUGCAGAGCACCCAGGAGGAAGGGAAAGAUUUCAACAGCGUGUCUGACCAGUACAAGGAGUCUUACUUUCAUCCUCUUAGUCUAACAGAACCCCCUCCUGAAGAUCACCUUCUCCAGAACACGCUGUGGCCUGAGGUCCAGAAGCUGUAUGGUCAUGGUUUUGAGAUGUUCUGUCUGGCAUCAGACUCUGCAGGAACAGUGGUCGCCUCAGCGUGUAAGGCAUCUAAAGCGGCGCAUGCUGCUAUCCUGUUGUGGAGCACAUCCACCUGGAAACAGCUACAAGCGCUUCCAUACCACAGUCUGACCGUCACUCAGAUGGCCUUCUCCCCAGACUCACGCUUGCUCCUCGCUGUGUCCCGGGACCGCACCUGGUCGUUGUGGAGACGUGAGGACUGUGGACCCGAUGCUUCAGAGCCCAGAUUCUCGCUCUACACACACACCACUAAGGACUCAGCAGUGCACGCACGUAUCAUUUGGUCAUGUGAUUGGAGCCUGGAUAAUAAGUACUUUGUGACAGCUAGUCGGGAUAAGAAGGUGAUCAUGUGGGGUCACCGUGGCUCUGGAGAUCCAGUUGGCAUGAAUGACAGUGCCGUUAUUCCCUGUUCAUCUGUUCUGGAUGUUGGGGAUUCAGCUACUGCUGUGGCUGUCUGCCCUUUCCUUCUCUCUGACCAGAGCUACCUCAUAGCGGUGGGUCUGGAGAGUGGACAGAUCGUUCUGUAUAAAUGGAGGAAAGUGGACGAUCCGUCUUCAGGAUCAGACUGGAGCAGGUGUGCUGAAAGCGACGUCUCUCAAAGUCACACACUGGUGGUGAAGAGGCUGCGCUGGAGGCCCCGAGUCUGUCAGCAGGAUCGGAGUGAAGGCUUGAACGAGAACCACCAAAGCACCUCUGUCCAGUUAGCCAGUGCUGGAGCUGACCACACUGUCAAAAUCUUCAACAUCAACACACUGACUCUGUAGCAGUCUCUCAGCCAGUGGUCCCCUCAGACCCUUCACCAUCUACACACACACACACUUCAGUCCACGGUAGGGUGUCCAUCAGAACCGAUGCCGAAACGUGUGGACGGCUCUUAAGAAAUGUCUUAAUCAAUACAGAAGAUCGGAUAUUCGUACUAUUAGACUAUUUAAAAAAACAAAACAAAAGGACUGUUGUGCUAUUUAUCUGAAACCUCCUCUGAAGUUUGUGUUGUAAUAAAUAAUCCUUUUCUAACGAAACUAAAAGUACCGAUUGUUUCAUGUCCAAACCGGAAGCAGCCUGUUUUUCCCAGCUCAUCUGCUUUUUACAUAUUACCCAUUGGCACAGAGUUGAGUACGUUUGAUGUGUUUGUGUCUGGGUUUGUUUCAAGAAUCCAAUCUCUAGUCCAUUGAGAAAAGUGCUCUGAAGUCACGCUCAGGACAACACCGCUCUCAGUCGUGAUUGCUUAAUUUCGUCAUGUUGCUUCUAUGGGUGUAAAUCUCAGGACACGUGAAAUGUUCGGAUUUAGAUUCUCGAACGCAGCAAUUCAGUAUUUUAUUAUUCCACUGCAUCUGCUGCGAUAUGAUGCAGUUUAAGUACAACUUGAUUUAGUAGAUUUGACCACCUUUGUACAGAAUCUGGAGCAGGCUUUCCGGUAAUUCGCAAACGAUGAUGAUGAUGAUGUACAGACGGACUAUUUAAAGUAUCAGAAUUAUGAGCAUAUCAACUUGCCAGGCUAUUUACAUGCCAGUUUAAAAUAUAAAUUCUUUUUAAUUAUUACCAAUUCUGUCCUUUUCCGAGAAUAAUCAAUUCUAAUCAAUAGUAAUCGAUUAUGAUUGUGCCUUUGUAAUUGUUGCCUUUUAUAUCGAUGCAUCAAUCCAAAUUGUCUGAUCAUUACACGCCUAAUUACUUCCUGUUUUGUUUUUUUUUGUUUGUUUUUUUGGUGGGAUUUCCCCCCAUUUUCUCCCCAGUUUAAUCUUGCCAGUUCCCACCCAUUCACUAGCUAACUCUAACGUACUGCGUGAGGGUGGAGCAAGCAAGUGCUUCCUCCGAGACGCAUGAAGCCAACCUCUGAAUCUUUCCAAAGUGCUGCUCAUGCGGUGUCACAGACCAGCGUAAUCACGCUUGCAGGAAUGAUCUCACAGAUGCCCACGAUCGGCUAGUGUGGCCGUGAUUGACGGGGAGAGACAGUAAGGCCGUUCCUCCCACCCGGAGAGCACUACCAAAACUGCUGACUUGACCCCAGGCGCAGAUAGCUGUGGUAUGGCCGGGAUUUGACCUCGCGAUCUGUGGAUGAGCGAACGUUGGUGAACGCUUUUCUAUCGCUCAGGAGCAGCUUACUUCCUGUUGAAAGUUUCUCAAGGGAAGAGAAGGUGUGAUGCCUUUUACUUAAACGGUUGAGUGCAAAUGUUUGAAACCCCCAUAGUUUCAGGGUGCAAAAAAAUGUUCAAAAUGAAAAAUGCAAAGAUGGAGACAGUUUAUAUCACAUUCACGAAGGGAAAUGCAAACUUUAUAACAGAUUCAUGCACUUUUAAUAUCGC